GCGCUGCUAAAGGGUAGGGAAGCAAGCAGGAGGAGGAGCGCACCGGGUGCGAGCACGUGACCGGGGCCUGAAGCCGGAAGCUACCUAUCUGGUAGGGAGCUCCACCAGCACCGAAGACUGCGAUGACUUCUGCACUGACCCAGGGGCUGGAGCGAAUCCCAGACCAGCUCGGCUACCUGGUACUGAGUGAAGGUGCAGUGCUGGCGUCAUCUGGGGACCUGGAGAAUGACGAGCAAGCAGCCAGUGCCAUCUCUGAGCUGGUCAGCACGGCCUGCGGUUUCCGGCUGCACCACGGCAUGAAUGUGCCCUUCAAGCGCCUGUCUGGCGUGUCUCUCCUCCAGUGGUCUUUGGAGAACACACUCUGCUGGUGACGGUGUCAGGACAGAGGGUGUUUGUGGUGAAGCGGCAGAACCGAGGUCGGGAGCCCAUUGAUGUCUGAGCUUGCCGGAGGGCGAGGGUCGGAGAAGUGGAUUGGGUCCUGGGCCUCUGUGAUGAGGCAGGCACAGCCGUCGGUCUUGGCUUGCUGCUAGAACUAGGGCCUUCUGCUCGCCCACCUCCCACCCCUACCUGGAUGGGCCGAGGCUUGGGGACUGUGAGCUGUGUUAAGGAGAACAAGGGCAAGGAGACCUCCCUUUGUGCUCCCUCCUUCCCUCCCUAAUAAACAUGAGCCUGAUGUUCUCCAGCCCAGGGA